AUGCGCGGCGCUCCUAGGCGCCUGCUGCUGCUGCUGCUCUGCGCGGCGGCCUGCGCCCUGAAGCCCAUCCAGCGGCGCCGGCUCCUCGCCACCAGCGCGCUCCUGCCGGCGAGCCAGGCCGCCGCGCUCGCGCCCAAACCUUCACCGCCGCCGCCGCCGUCCUACGUGCGCGAGGACGUCGCCGGCAGCCCCGGGGACCUGCGCGCCUACCGGCUGCUGCGCUUCGCGUCGGGCCUGCGCGUGCUGCUCGCGAGCGACGCGUCCGCGCGCGACGCGACGGUCGCGGCGACGGUCGGCGCGGGCCAGCUCCGCGAGCCCGUCGAGGGCCUGAGCCACCUCACGGAGCACCUCGUCAUGCGCGCGGGCGACCUCGAGGCCGUCGCGGCGAGCUUCGACGGCAACGCCAACGCCUACACGGCCUUCGACUGCACGACGUACGUCGCGUCGUGCUUCCCGAGCCGCGUCGGCCGCCUCCUCGCGGCGUACGGCGACGCGCUGUCGCCGCGGACGGCGGACAGGUUCGACGGCGCGACGGCGCGCCGCGAGGUGAAGCGCGUCGACGCCGAGCUCAAGGGCCCGCCGCGCGGCGCGGCGCUCGAGCUCGAGCUGCUGCGGCACCGCGCGGUCGGCCCGCUGUCGCGCUUCGGCCCGGGCACGAAGACGACGCUGCUGCCGCGCGGCGACCAGGCGCGCGACGGCGACGCGUUGGCUUCCGCGGCCGCGUCCCUCUACCGCGCGCGCUACGUCGCCGAGGACGCGACGGUCGCCGUCGUCGCGCCGAUCCCGCUCGACCUGCUGGAACGCGCCGCGCGGAACCUCGGCAGCCCGCUCCGCGACGGCCCGCCGCCGCGGCCGCCGCGGAAGCCCCGGGACCCGCUCCCGGCGCUGGAGCGCGGGUCCAACGUCGUCGUCGCCUCCGGCCGCGACGUGUUGAGUCUGACGUGGAGCGUGCCCUACGAGAGCCUCGGCGGCGCGGACGCGUACCGGCGCGCGAAGCCCUGCGCGACCGUGAGCCACGUGCUCGGCCACGGCGGGCCGGGCAGCCUCCAGGCGAAGCUGCGGGCCAUGGCGCCGACGAGCGGCUCGCGGCCGGGCCAGCCCGCGCUCUCCGCGGGCGCGUUCCUCGAGAACGACGACGCGUCGGGCUUCGCGCUCUUCCACGUCCGCGUCUUCCUCCAGCGGAGCGCCCAGUGGGAGGAGGCCCUGACGCACGCCCUCGGCGCCGUCGCCGCGCUGCGGCUCACGCCGCUGCCGCUGUGGAAGGACGCGGCGGACGAGUGCGCGCGCCUCGCGGAUCUCCAGUGGCGCUUCCCGCCGCGGCCGCCGACGGCGUCGGAGCUCGCCAACGACAUGCGCUGCGCCGACUUUGACGUGCUGGGCGCGCGGCGCUACGCGGCGGCGCCGCGCGACGCGGCCUUGGCGGCGUCGCGGUUCGCGGACCUGCUGACGCCCGAGCGGUGCCGCGUCGCCGCGUGCCUCUCGGAGCUCGACGCGCGGACCGUGCGGACGAAGGUGCGGCGGUCGGCGCUGACGCGGGCGCGGCGCGUGCGCUACUUCGACGUCGACGUCGACGUCGCGGCCGUCGGGCCCGCGCCGUGGUGGCGGUUCCCGCGGCCGUCGCCGUACGUGUCGCGCCUCGCCGCGGGCCAGGUCGACCCCGCGCCGUCGCCCUUCGCCGUCGACUCCGCCGCGGCGUCGCCCGUGAGCAUCGACUUCCUGCUGGAGAUGGCCGCGAAGCGCCAGCCGCAGGCCGGCGCCGCCGUCGAGCGCGUCGCGGGCGCGGGCGCGGGGCCGGCGGCGGUCUGGAUCGACCGCGCGCCGACGAAGCCCGGCGCGGCGCCCCGGGCCAAGCUCGUCCUCUGGCUCCCCGCGGCCCGCGUCGCCGCGGCGACGGCCGCGUCGCGCGCCGCGGGCCGGCUCUGGCAGCUCCGCGUCGACGUCGCGCUCGCCGAGCCCCUCUACGACGCGGCGCUCGCGGGCUGCAAGUACGAGUUCGCCUUCUUGCGGGCGGCGCCGAACGCGCCGGGCCCGGCGGCGGGCGCGCGCGUCGCGCUCGCGGCCUACGCGGACGUGCUCCCGCGGUUCGCGCUCGACUACGCGCGGCGGCUCGGCGAGCUCGCGGCGUCGCCGAUCCCGGCGGCGGACCUCGCGCGCGCCAAGGCCUUCGCGCUCCUCGAGCCGGGCCUCGGCGAAAACGAGAAGCGGGCGCUCGCGGACGCGACGGAGGCGGACGUCCGCGCCGAGGCCGCGGCGCUCUGGAACUCCGCGGCCCGGGCCGCGCCGGCCUUCGGCGAGGCGCUCGUCGCCGCGGAGGACGCCGACGAGGCGUCGGCGAAGAAGCUCGUCGCCGCCGUCUACCGGGAGCUGCUCCCCGCCUACGUGCCCCUCGCGACGGCCCGCGCGCCCGCGGCGCCGCCCGCGGACCGGCCGAGCCGGCUCCUCGCGUCGCGCAACUCCUGGGACCACCCCGUCGCCGCGAACGCGUGCGUCGCGUCGGGCGUGCCCGGCCUCCUCGCCAACUGCAACGUGCGAUAA